UCGAAGCGGGUCUAGCCUUCAGUUGCACUUUCGAGCUUCGCGCGCACGUCAGCCUUUGCAGCAGUGCUUCUGUUCUGUGUAGCUUUCGCGGCGCGUUGGUUUCUGUUUGUUGAUCGAAUCCAUUAGUGUUAAUUUUAUUGAGGUUCCAAAAGGUUCCGUGGUAGUGCGAAAGUUUUGAUGCGACAUCUGUAGCGGCAAUUGUAGUAGAAGUUCACACCUGACCGGUGAAGAAAACUUAAGAAAUUGAUAAUCGAGAAAAAAAAGUGCGUUCGAUGUGAGAAAAAAUAUUCAAUUGCUAGCAGAAAAACCCAAGUGUUGAAAGAGUGCAAUAUCGGUGCAACAGCUGCAGCUGCUCUAGGGAAUCCAGUAUUUUUUGCCUCUCCGUAUUGUUUGUUUGCUUGUUUGUCGGUGAAGUGCGUUGCGAACGGUGGCAUCAACCUGGUAACCAGCUGAAGAUGCGAAAGGUGUGGAUUGUGGUGGCCAGUGCCCUGCUGGCGUUCGCUAAUUUCGUCAAGUCGCAGGAGACGGCCCGGAACCUGUACAGCUCACGUGUAUUUUCUCGUCUUUACAGAUACGACAACCUGGACAUCGAUACGAUUCUGUCCAGCAACCGGCUGGUGAAUAACUAUGUCGACUGUUUACUCAGCAGGAAGCCCUGCCCGCCGGAGGGCAAGGAUCUGAAACGAAUUCUCCCGGAGGCCCUCCGUACGAAGUGCGGACGUUGCUCGGAGACGCAAAAGGAAAAUGCGCUCAAAAUCAUCACCACCCUGUACUACAGCUACCCGCAGCAGUACCAGGCCCUUCGCAGCCGGUGGGAUCCAUCGGGCGAGUAUCAUCGCCGCUUCGAGGAAUACCUCCGGGGGCUGCAGUUCAACCAGAUUGGCAGUAACGGCGGUGGUAACAACGGUAUCAACACCAAUUCCAUAGACACUCCGGUAAGAAACGACUUCGAUCGGGAUCAAUCGCAGAUCCGGCUGCAGACGCUGCUACUGUCGACAACAACAACAACUACGGCACCUCCGCGCCCGAAUGCGAUCCCCAGCGGUUCAGAGCAACGACCCCAAUUGGCACAGGCACAGCUAACACAAUCGGUAGCACCCGUUUUAAGUACCUCUACUACCACACCAGCCACUACUACCAGUACGACUAGUACUACAACUACUCCUUCCCCUACUACUACUACUAGUACUACUACCCCUACUACUACUACUACUACCACUUCUACCCCUUUAACUACUGAAUCGACUACUACUAGUAUUCCUAUUACCACUGGUUCCGGUGCCGCUAGCAGUAGCAGUAGUAGUAGCAACUUCAGUGGAAGCAUGGAUGGCUCUAGUACUGCUUCGGCAGCAGCGACUCCGUCGUCCCCGCCGACGACACUAGCAAAUUCUACGCCCACGGAUUCGCUCCCAUCAGUGGUACGGAACCCUCGGCCAGCGGUAGUAGUGUCGUCAUCGCAACAGACAUUCAUUCCGAGUUUGGUGACGACCCCAAACACCAACACACUCACGCAAACACGUCCUCCCGGCGGCCAGGCGGUUGCGAAUGGCGGUCAAAAUUUCCCAAUGUUCCUUUUUGAUCCGAACUUAAGCUUGAAUUCGUUCGUUGUUCAAUCGAAUGCGGCGGAAGCAUUGCCAUCGGCAGCCACGGCCAGGACAACCUCCGUCAUCACAACCACAAACCGACUCAUCCUCAGACCGGUCGCGGCCGGUCUGGAUUUCGACACGCUUCCAUCGGCAGGAUCGGUUUCCAGCCGCUUCGGUGAUGAUGAAAGCAGCGGCUCUGCGAUGCCAAACGUUCCGGGAAGCACAGCGGCACCACCGCCAAGUCCAAUUACUGCCCGACCACAGCCGCAACCGACGACCAGACCGGUAGUGAGGCAAACCACUUCCCGGGUUGUAACCCAGCGGACCACAGCACGACCUAUCGAAGCGGCCCCGGCAGUAGUCCAACUCCGUCCGAUCCCGGUCCAGGUUCAGGUACAAGUACUAGCACAGCCACCUCAACCAUUAGUACCAACACAAACAUUCGCACAACAACAGCCACUGCAACCACAACAGACCCAAGUGCCUUCCGCCGGCGUUGGUGGUUUGACAACACCGAAUAAUGUUAUCGAUCACUUUUUUAUUCCACCCGGCCAGGGCGGAGCGUCGGUCAGCAAUAACAACAACAACAACAACAACAACGGAAGCCCCUUCGUGGGUCUGUUUAAUCAGAUCGGAACCAAGCUGGCCACAACGGCCGAUGCCAUCGCCGGGAUGCUGCGAAAGACGGUGGAUGUGAUUGUGACUUCACACAUUCAGGCUCACAAGCGGUCUCUGAGUGGCAAUUGAAGAAUCGACGGUUGAAGGUCGAAGUACUCAUGAUGGAAAAUUGUAGCGUUAGUUGGAAAGGAUCUUGCCGUUUUAGGCAUUCUGACGGCCGUGAAAGUAGCUUGACAGCAAGUGUUACAUUAACUUAUAUUCUGAUUAGCGUGUUAAGGUAUUAUCUGUAUAUCAAGAAGUCGAUUGAUAGAGAAGCUCCUCGCUGACGCUAAUAUAAUAUGAGAGCUUUGAGAUAGAAAGUUAUUAUGAAGCCAACAUUGAAACCGUACUGGUAACAAUUUGUACUUGAAUUUCUUGCGAGAAACUUGAGUAACAAACGAAAGCUCUUGGAGGAGACCUGGAGGAGGAUUAGAAAGCAAACUGUUGGAUCAAAGUAAGAUACAACAUUACAGGAAUAAACAAUAAAUGUGAAACAAUACUGCAUAUAUAACCGAUUAUACGUUGAAUCAAAUAAAGCAUUGUUUUACUCAUAUACAA